AUGGGACACUUGACAAAGAUUUUCCAUCGGAAACCCAUUUAUUUCCGCGGCUCUUUUCACGCUCUUUGUAUCCUUGUGUUCAUCGUUCUCUGUUUCAACAAUUGGAGCUACGAGAAAGUCGAUCGGGUAUCGUUGGGUUCAAAUUACACUGGGUUGAAGAUCACAGACCCAACUGAUUGUUCUGGAUUAAAUCAACACAAAGGUUUCGAAAACGAAUGUGAGUAUUUAAAAGCCAACCCACAAUGUAAAGCCGGCGGCUUUUUUUAUUACUUGGAUUUUUUCUACUGCGAUUGUCAGAAGUUUGCUCCUUUGGCUUAUAUCGCUCUUGUAAUCUGGUUAGCGACUCUGUUUUAUCUAUUGGGAAACACAUCCGCUGAUUACUUUUGUUGUUGUCUUGAAAAGUUAUCGAACGUGUUAAGAUUACCACCAACUGUAGCAGGGGUGACCUUGCUUCCGUUAGGAAACGGCGCUCCUGAUGUAUUCGCUAGCAUCGCUGCUUUUGUAGGCACCGAUAACGCCGAUGUCGGACUUAAUAGUAUCUCCGGUGGUGCUGUUUUCAUAACUUGUGUCGUCGUCGGGACGAUUUCGCUAUGUGUGGCUGAUCUGGGUGUCACCAUCGAUAAGAAGUGCUUCAAGAGAGAUGUGUAUACGUUUAUGCUCGCUGUUUUGGCUCUUGCUGUUAUCUUGUUUGUCGGAGAAGUUAACGUCGGCGGAGCUAUUGCGUUUGUGUCCAUCUAUGUCGUUUAUGCCACCUAUGUUGCUGCAAAUGAGUUCUUGAGAAAGAAAGAGGCGUAUGCACCAUUGUUACCUCUUGCGAACACUUCGGAAGAUAGAUUACUGGUUUCGGAAACGGAUGAGGUCCCACAUCUUGUUAAAUCUUCUAAGGUUCCUCAUUGGAUGUGGGGAGCACAUGUCGCGAUGUAUUCGGAGGUUUUUAACCAUGGUUUAGAAGAUAACCCGAAGACUCCAUGGGGAUGGACAGAUGAGGAGACACACAGUGAGGAUUCUGGUUCUUGGUUUUCGUGUUCAAAGUUGCUGACGUGUCUAGAGUUUCCAUUGAUGUUACCAAGAAGGUUGACCAUUCCAAUCAUAGACGAAGAAAGAUGGUCGAAGUUCUAUGCUGUUGCUAGCGUCACUUUUGCACCUUUGCUUCUAGCGUUUCUAUGGAAUAGGGUCUACAAUGGUGGUCAAUUAGGUGAAGAUUUGAUCUAUAUCGGUAGUGCAGUCGUUGGAUGUUUUCUUGGGUUUGGUGCUUUUGUGUCGACUAAAAUAGACCACCCACCACAAAAGAUGUUGCUUCCAUGGGUGUUAGGAGGGUUCUUUAUGAGCAUCAUUUGGUUCUACAUGGUUGCUAAUGAACUCGUUGCUCUUUUGGUUUCACUCGGUCUUAUCUUCCGAGUCAACUCGGCGAUUCUUGCAUUGACCGUGUUAGCAUGGGGUAACUCGAUGGGUGAUUUGAUGUCAAAUGUUGCCCUUGCCAUGAAUGGGGCAGAUGGAGUUCAAAUUGCAAUAUCAGGAUGCUAUGCGGGUCCGAUGUUUAACACACUUAUUGGUUUAGGGGUUUCGAUGUUGAUUGGAUCAUGGUCUAAGAGACCGGAUUCUUAUGUCAUAGCUCGUGAUAGUGGCUUGUUGUGUAAUUUGGGGUUCAUUAUAAUAGGGCUAGUUUGGUCAUUGGUGGUGUUGCCAAGAAACCAAAUGCAGCCUAGUAAGUUGUUAGGAAUGGGGCUUAUCGGUAUUUAUUUGGUGUUUCUGUGUUUGAGAAUAGGAACAGCGGUCGUGGUUGGCUCGCUAAACUGA